ACUCUCUCUCUCUUCUGUCCUAUGCUAUGCUAUGUCAUGUUAUGUGCUGCACUGCACCGCACCUCACCUCGGUUUUCACUUCCUCUCUGCUUUCUGCUUAAAGCACAACCCACCACUUCAACUUCUGUGUGUUUCUGUGCUCUUCUUUCAAGCCACUAUACUCACCAAGGUUGCAAAUGCUUAUGAUGUCCUGAUAUGCCUGUAAUUUAAAGAAAUUCUGGGUAUUCAGAUCUGUUGUGUUCCCAUUCUGUAUCUAACACAUGCCAGAAUCUAUUUUUGACUAUGUGAAUGCAAUAUACGAUAUUGGGUUGAUAGAUUCACUGAUUGAAAGAAUAGAUAUUGCCGCUAGAAAUUAGUCUAAAAAAAUUGUGAAGUUGAAGAGAAAUCAUGAAGAUUUCAAGUUUCAAGCAACUGACUGGGAUUUGCACUUGGAAAUGAAGGAUAGGCAACGGUGGAGAGCCGAAGAGGAUGCAUUACUACGCGCUUAUGUCAAACAGUAUGGUCCUAGGGAAUGGAAUCUUGUGUCUCAGCGCAUGAACACACCUCUUAAUAGGGAUGCUAAGUCAUGCUUAGAACGGUGGAAGAACUACCUCAAGCCUGGAAUUAAGAAAGGUUCUCUUACUGAGGAAGAACAGCGCCUUGUGAUCAAUCUUCAAGCAAAGCACGGUAACAAGUGGAAGAAAAUAGCUGCACAAGUGCCUGGUCGAACUGCUAAGAGGUUAGGAAAGUGGUGGGAAGUAUUCAAAGAGAAGCAACAAAGAGAAACAAAGGGGGUAAAUCGAAUUAUUGACCCCAUUAACGAUAGCAAAUACGAGCAUAUACUAGAGAGUUUUGCAGAAAAACUAGUGAAAGAAAGGCCCUCACCAUCAUUCGCUAUGGCUGCUUCAAACAGUUCUUUUCUGCAUGCUGAUGCAUUGGCCCCUGCGCCGGCUCUGCUUCCGUCGUGGCUUUCCAAUUCUAAUAACACAGCCCCUGUGAGGCCGCCAUCUCCAUCCGUGACGCUAAGCCUUUCUCCCUCGACGGUGGCAGCGCCUCCUCCAUGGUUGCAGCCCGUGAGAGGACCGGAGAAUGCUGCUCCUCUUGUUCUUGGGAACGUGACUCCUCAUGGGGCUGUUCUAGCUUUUGGUGAAAACAUGGUUAUGUCUGAGCUGGUGGAAUGCUGUAAAGAGUUGGAAGAAAUGCACCAUGCAUUGUUGGCGCAUAAGAAGGAGGCGGCAUGGCGGUUAAGCAGGGUGGAGUUGCAGUUGGAGUCGGAGAAGGCCGGGCGAAGGAGAGAAAAGAUUGAAGAAAUUGAAGCAAAGAUGAAAGCUUUGAGGGAGGAGCAAACAGCUGCAUUGGAUAGAAUUGAAGCAGAAUACAGGGAACAGUUAGCAGGGUUGAGAAGAGAUGCAGAGAGCAAGGAGCAGAAGUUAGCUGAACAAUGGGCUGCAAAGCACUUGCGCCUUACCAAGUUUCUAGAGCAGGUAGGGUGCAGAUCAAGGGUCACUGAACCGAAUGGAAGAUAGAGAGACAUCAUCAUUCAGAAUUUGGAUUUCUAGUUUGCUCCUAUGUGUUGAGUUAUAUGAACUUUAUGAUCAUAUUAGUUUUGUUCUUUGUCACUAUUCUAACUCAUGCCAUAACAUAUGCCUAUUAAUAUCCUAUCUUUUUUAUACAACUUGAGGACUUGCAUUAAAGGUUGAUGUAUGUUUACAUAUCACAUCCUUCUUUGUGAACAUGAACUUGUUUUUAUUCUAAUUUGCCUGAAAUAUACUUUUCUUCAAGCUAUUCCUAAAGGGGCAUAGGUGAAUAGUGUUUACAAGAAUACUGGAUAGCAUAUUUAAUCAGAUUAAUCUCUGUCAUACCAAAGAGGAUUAUUUACUUGAGACCAUUUCAUUUUGCAUCUUAAUGUAAGGAGAAUCACUAGGCGUUAGUAAUGCAUGUUAUAUUGAUCGAGAAGCAAAGGUUGCUACAUGUAUGUUCAAUGAUACGAAAACCAUUACAAGACUAAUGUUGCUCCAAGAGCAACUUUAGUGGUUGAUUAUUUUAUGUACAAGGUGUUAGGUUAAAGUUCUUAAUGUGAAAGAGAAAGGUCCUUAAAAAAAAAAAAGGAGAAUUGUUUAUAAUAGCAAUUGUAGUGUAAUUGAAACAACGUCGUUUUACACAUCAUGAUUUGUGUGGUUGAAACACUGCCGGUUCUCAUCAUCUGAGGAGAGAAAGUGGGAGAUUUGCGUAAGGGAAGAGAGUGUAUGCAAAAUAAAUCCCUUCUAGUGUGAUGCUUGUUUUUUUUUCCCUGAAAAAUAAUAAAAGAAGUAUGAAACCUUUAGAAUGACGUGAUAAAAACAUCUCCAAACAGAGAAUAUAUUUUUCAUAUAUCUUGUUUUAGUAAAUUGUUUCUAUUUUAACCCAAAAAAGAAAGCCUAAAAAAGUAACUCUACGUUUAUGAUUAAAAAAAGAAUUGUGUAAAGUUGUAAGGAGGUUCAGUUUUUUUGUUGCACAGUUGUUUUUAUUAUUAGGAAUAUUCAGAUAAAACAAAAAAAGGGUUAAAAUAAUGAUUGUAUUUCUUUUCUUUUCAAGAUAAAAAAAAAUAACAAAAAUUAUUUGUAUAUCUAUUUUUAAGGUCAUUUAAAAAUAUCAAAAUAUACAAAAUAGAAAAAAAAAACUAAAAAAUAUCACUCUUACAACUUUAUUGAUCAUUUCAAAAAAAUAUAAAAUUGUACAAAAGAUAUAAAAAAAAAACACAAAAAAUCACUCUUACUAGUUUUUAUAAUGUUCU